UGUUGAUGGGUAUGCAUGGCAAGUACCACAACUGUUUACAUGGAGUUAGCUAAGAAGAAAUCAAUGAAAGGAUUUUUUUUUGCUAAACUCUGUUAUGAAGCGAAAGAGUAUGAACUGGCUAAAAGGUACAUAUGUACUUAUCUUAAUGUACAAGAGAGAGAUCCCAAAGCGCACAAAUUUCUGGGCCAACUCUAUGAAGCUGAAGAUAAUGUAGAAAAAGCUGUGGGUUGCUAUAAGCGUUCAGUGGAGUUGAACCCAACACAGAAAGAUCUUGUACUGAAGAUUGCAGAAUUAUUGUGUGACAGUGAUGUUACUGAUGGAAGAACAAAAUACUGGGUUGAGAGAGCUUCUAAACUCUUCCCUGGAAGCCCUGCUAUUUACAGAUUGAAGGAACAGUUGCUAGAUUGUAAAGGUGAAGAUGGAUGGAAUCAGCUUUUUGAUCUGAUACAAUCAGAACUCUAUGCAAGACCAGAUGAUGUCUAUGUAAACAUCAGGCUAGUAGAGCUAUACCGCUCAAAUAAAAGACUGAAGGAUGCUGUGACUCACUGUCGAGAGGCAGAGAAGAAAAUACCUAUGCGAUCAAGCUUGCAGUGGUGCUUGUGUAUUGUACAGACACUGAAGGAAUAUCUAGAAUCUGCACAGGACUUAGAGUCUGAAAAAAGUAACUGGAGAACUACCAACAGAGAUCUCUUGCUGGCCUACUCCAAUCUUGUAGUAAUGACACUUUCUACUAGAGAUGUUCAAGAAAGCAGAGAAUCGCUUGCAAGCUUUGAUCAUGCUCUUCAAUCCGUGAAGCCAUACGUGAGUGGGAAUGAUGAGUUGUCCAAUACAUUCCUGGAAAUGAGAGGCCACUUUUACAUGUAUGCUGGAACUCUCUUGUUGAAAAUGGCCCAGCACAGUGAAAAGCAGUGGAGAGCUGUAUCUGAACUGGCAGCUUUGUGUUACCUUAUAGCUUUUCAGGUCCCUAGGCCAAAGACAAAACAAAUAAAGGCAGAUCAAGCGGGACAUGAUAUGCUGGAAAUGUUAGCCUGUGAUCGACAGAGCCAGUCUGGUCACAUGCUGUUAAACCUAAGCCAUGGCAAGCAAGAUUUCUAUAAAGAGAUUGUGGAGUCUUUUGCAAAUGAGAGUGGGCAGUCUACUUUAUUUGAUGCACUUUUUGAGAAUGGAGCGUCUAGAGAGAGAUCUUUCCUUGGCACUGAUAAUGUCAGAAGUGUCAGUGUACAGGGUCCAGACCAUAUGGAACUUGUCAGAUAUGAUAUUGGUGCAAUCCGAGUGCAUAAUGGUUGUCUCCAGCAUCUUACGUGGCUUGGUUUACAGGGGAACUCGAUGUCAGUGUUACCUGCAAUACACAAAUGGUUGAAACAACUUUUCCGCUUACCCCAGGAAACAUCACGACUUGAGACCAAUGCUCCUGAAACUAUCUGCAUAUUGGACCUUGAAGUAUUUUUACUUGGAGUGAUAUUUACUAGCCACUUACAAUUACAAGAGACGUUUAAUACUCACUACAGUUCACAUCAGCCUCAGUUUUUACCACUGCCAGUGAGCAAACAGCUCUGUAGUGAAAGGCAAAGAAACUGGUGGGAUGCUGUUUAUAACCUCAUACACAAAAAAACAAUACCAGGAACAGCAGCAAAAUUGCGGCUUCUAGUCCAGCAUGAAAUAAACACACUCAGAGCACUAGGGAAGCAUGGACUUCAACCUGCCCUAAUUGUUCACUGGGCAAAAUGUCUUCAUAAAACAGGCAGUAGCCUAAACUCUUUCUAUGACCAAAGGGAGUACAUUGGACGCAGCGUUUACUAUUGGAGAAAAGUUUUGCCUAUUCUGGAAAUCAUCAAAAAGAAGAAAAGUGUUCCUGAACCUAUUGAUCCUUUGUUCAAACACUUCCAUAGUGCAGAUAUACAGGUUUCUCAGGUUGCAGACUACGAAGAGGAGGCAUAUAUAGCAUUUGCUAUGUUGGAUGCAGUUGAUGGAAAAACUGAGGAUGCUUUGCUAGCACUUGAAGCUAUUAAAAAUGUUGUUUCAUAUUGGAAUCUUGCACUAAUUUUCCAGAGAAAGGCUGAAGAGAUUGAGAAUGAUGCAGUCUCACCAGAAGAACAAGAAGAGUGCAAAAGUUAUCUGCAAAAGAGUAGAGACUAUCUAUUAAAGAUCAUUGAUGAAAGUUUUACAGACCCUUCAGUAAUUGAUAAGUUACCAGUGCCAAUAGAAACUGUCAAGGAGAUGCUGGAUACAGUAGUUCAGGAGCUUGGGGAUUGUGGUGAAGAAAGCCCUUUCUUCAAGAAUGGUCUAUCUCAAAUUGCUGAUUCAGAAAUUAAACACUCUACUCCAUCACCAACAAAAUUUUCUUUAUCACCAACUAAAAGCUACAAGUUCUCUCCCAAAACUCCCCCUCGUUGGGUAGAAGAUCAGAAGUCUUUACUUCAGAUGAUCUGUCAGCAAGUAGAAGCCAUUAAGAAUGAGAUGCAUGAAAUGAAACUCAAUAAUUCCAACUCAAACUUGUCAUCUCAUCGGUGGCCUACUGAAGGCUAUGGCACAGAUGCAAUGUCAGAUGGCUAUCAGGGAACACAAAACUUUCAUGGAGCUCCACUAACAGUUGCUACUACUGGCCCAUCAGUCUACUAUAGCCAGUCGCCUGCCUAUAACUCUCAAUAUCUUCUCAGAACAGCUGCUACUAAUGUAACACCAACAAAGGCUCCAGUCUAUGGCAUGAACAGGCUUACACCUCAGCAACAUAUAUAUGCUUAUCAACAGCCAAUGCAUACACCACCACUGCAGAACACCUCUGCCUGCAUGUUUUCCCAAGAAAUGUAUAAUGCUCCUUUGCGUUUUGAUUCUCCUGCGACUGGACUCCUGUCUCCACGUGGCGCUGAUGACUAUUAUAAUUACAGUGUUCCACAAACAAGCACAAAUCCUCCGUUGCCUGAACCAGGCUAUUUCACAAAACCUUCAAUUGCUCCUCCAAUUCCAAAAUCUGCAGAAUCAAAGGUGAUCGAAUUUGGGAAAUCUACAUUUGGGCAGCCUGUACCAGCAGAUGGAACAAAAUCCUCUUUCACAACACCUGCACAGUCAACUCAACCAACCACUUUUAAAUUCAACUCUAAUUUCAAAUCUAAUGAUGGAGACUUUACAUUUUCAUCACCUCAGAUUGUUGCCCAGCACCCCAAUGCAACUUUUAAUAGCAGUGAAAGCCUCUUGGGUCUUCUGACAUCAGAUAAACCUUUACAAGAUGAUAGAUAUAUAGGGCAAAAAACAAUUCAUGAUCAAAGAAAUGUCUUCAGUUUUGGUAACAAAAAUAUUACAGGUAUUUCAUUUACAGAAAAUAUGGGACACAACCAACCUAAAACCUCAGGUUUUGACAAGGGUGACAUCUUCAGUUUCCAAGAUCCUGGAAAACAAGAGUUUGGAACUCUAAGUUCAGAUCUGGCUAAUAGAAGCCAUGAAACUGAUGGAGGAAGCAUGCAUGGUGGUGAUGAUGAUGAUGAUGGUCCACACUUUGAGCCUGUUGUGCCACUCCCUGACAAGAUUGAAGUAAAGACAGGUGAGGAAGAUGAAGAAGAAUUCUUUUGCAAUAGAGCAAAGCUGUUCCGUUUUGACACAGAAUCUAAAGAAUGGAAAGAGAGGGGCAUUGGAAAUGUGAAAAUAUUAAGGCAUAAAAUAUCUGGGAAAAUUCGGCUCCUUAUGAGGCGGGAACAAGUAUUGAAAAUUUGUGCAAAUCAUUACAUAAAUGCGGAUAUGAAGCUGAAACCAAAUGCAGGUUCAGACAAAUCAUUUGUGUGGCAUGCUUUAGAUUAUGCAGAUGAGUUUGCAAAACCUGAGCAGCUAGCCAUUAGAUUCAAAACCAAAGAAGAAGCAAUGCUUUUCAAGAAGAAAUUUGAAGAAGUGCAAAAUAUUUUGAGAACCUCAGGAUCAAAUGUUUGUAUACCAGCCACACAGAAUGUUGAGACUAAAAGAGAAACCUCAAAUCAGGAUAGCAAGGAGCCUAGCAAAGCUUUUUCUGGAACCCCAAAUUUUGGAUUUCAGUUUAAGAAAGAGGAGAUGUGGCAGUGUAGUGCCUGCUUAAAGAAAAACAAUUUAACUGCAUCCCUAUGUAAUGCUUGCCAGGCUCCAUUCCAAAAUGCAAGCAGUUCUGUAAAAGGAUCUGAUGGCAAAAACAGUUUUCCAGUUACAUCAGCGGCAUCUACACCAAUAUCCUUUUCCUUUGGUAGAGAAAUCCCAUCCGCAUGUACUACUACUAGUGGAUUUGGGGAACAGUUUAUAUUGAAGGCAGAUCAGUGGGCCUGUAAUGUAUGUCUGAUUCGAAAUGAAGCAACUGUUAAGAACUGCAUUGCAUGCCGAAGUCCAAACCCACGAAACAAGGAAAUGUAUGCUCCUCCAGUAGCUGAAACUACUGCAGCUUUCAACACUGAUAAUGCACAAAAUAAAUUUGGAUCAGUUUUUCUUAAAAAAGAAGGCCAUUGGGAUUGUAAUAUAUGUUUAGUAAGAAAUGAACCCACCUCAUCUAAAUGUGUUGCUUGCCAAAAUCAAAAUAGAACUAACAUGCCAGUAUUUGGUCAGCAAGCUUCAUUUAAAAUUGGCCAAGGAGACAUUCCGAAGACUACACACAGUGAUUUUGGAGCUGUGUUUCUUAAAAAAGAGGGUCAGUGGGACUGCACUGUGUGCCUAGUUAGAAACGAAGCAGGAACUGUAAAUUGCGUUGCAUGUCAGAAUCCUAAAUCACCAAAUCAGCCUAAUGUGUCUACAUCUACUAUUCCGAAGACUACACAAAGUGAUUUUGGAGCUGUAUUUCUUAAAAAAGAGGGUCAGUGGGACUGUUCUGUGUGCCUAGUUAGAAAUGAAGCAGGAACUGUAAAUUGCGUUGCAUGUCAGAAUCCUAAAUCACCAAAUCAGCCUAAUGCGUCUACAUCUACUAUUCACGUAUCUCCUGCUCCCAGAUUUGGUUCUACCACUGAUGCAAAUAAACCCCAGAAAAGUGGAUUUGAGGGACUCUUCGCUAGAAAGGAAGGACAAUGGGAUUGCAAUGUUUGCUUAGUACGAAAUGAAGGCUCUUCAGUAAACUGUGUGGCUUGUCAAGCGUCAAAUCCAUGUAGUAAGUCUGUUCCUGAUGCUCCCUCAACUCUUACAUUUGGCCUUAAAGGCAAAUUACCUGAACCUGCUGGAGGACAACUGGGAACAGGUUUCAAGUCAGACUUUUCUGAAAAAGGUUUUAAAUUUGGUCAUGCAGAACAAGGAAAAACAUCUUCCUUCACCUUUCAGAUUCCUUCAGAUACUGAAGCUAAAUCUGCAAAAGAAAGAUUUAGCUUUUCAAUGCCUGUGACUGCAGGGGGAUUUAAAUUUGGCAUACAGGAGCCUAGUAAAAAUAUCGCAAAGGAUGAGCCACCCAAAGAAAGUGCCACUGGUGGCUUAAACAGUGGUGAUGAAAAAGACAAAAAGGAGAAUCCCUCCGCUUGCAUCCAGUCUCAUAGCAUUUCUAACAAACAGAAUAGUGAUUUAGUUUUUGGCCAGAAUAGCAGCACUUUCACUUUUGCUGACUUAGCACAAACUACUUCUGGAGAAGGAUUUCAGUUUGGUAAAAAAGAUCCAAACUUCAGGGGCUUUUCAGGUGCAGGUGAAAAGUUAUUUUCCUCUCAGAAUUCUAAAGCAGCUCACAAGGCUAAUACUUCUGCUGAUCUUGAGAAGGAGGAUGAAACAUAUAAGACAGAUGACAAUGAUGAUAUCCAUUUUGAACCUGUUGUCCAAAUGCCUGAAAAAGUGGAACUAGUGACAGGGGAAGAGGAUGAGAAAGUGCUCUAUUCACAAAGGAUAAAACUAUUUAGGUUUGAUCCAGAAACAAGCCAGUGGAAAGAACGUGGUGUUGGCAACUUAAAAAUUCUUAAAAAUGAAGUUAAUGGCAAACUAAGAAUGCUAAUGCGACGUGAACAGGUACUGAAAGUGUGUGCAAACCAUUGGAUAACUACUACAAUGAAUUUGAAACCUCUGUCUGGUUCAGACAAAGCAUGGAUGUGGUUGGCCAGUGACUUUUCUGAUGGAGAUGCAAAGUUGGAGCAGCUGGCGGCUAAAUUCAAAACACAAGAGCAGGCUGAGGAAUUCAAACAGAAAUUUGAAGAGUGCCAGAGACUGCUAUUGGAUAUACCACUACAAACCCCACAUAAGCUUGUGGAUACAGGUAGAACAGCUCAACUCAUACAGAAAGCAGAAGAAAUGAAAAGUGGAUUGAAAGAUCUCAAAACCUUCUUGACGGAUGAUAAAACUAAACUGAUGGAAGAAGAGGAGAAUAAAAACUCAAAUUCAGCCAGUAAUGUCUCUGAUUUAAUUAUAAAGCCACAUGCUGAUAGUAGUGGGCCAACUCUGGAAUGGGAUAACUAUGAUUUACGUGAAGAAGCUUUAGAUGACAGUGUAAGCAGCUCUGUGUAUGCCUCACCACUGGCAAGUAGCCCUGUGAGGAAAAACCUAUUCAGAUUUGGGGAGUCUACAACAGGAUUUAAUUUUAGUUUUAAAUCUGCCUUGAGCCCAUCAAAGUCUCCUGCCAAACAGAAUCAGAGCAGAUUGUCUGUGGGUACAGAUGAAGAAUCUGAUCUUACUCAAGAAGAAGAAAAAGAUGGUCAGUACUUUGAACCUGUGGUACCUUUACCUGACCUUGUAGACGUGGCAAGUGGAGAAGAAAAUGAACAAGUUGUCUUCAGUCACAGAGCUAAACUCUACAGAUAUGAUAAAGAUGCCAAUCAGUGGAAAGAGAGAGGUAUUGGGGAUAUAAAGAUCUUGCAGAACUAUGACAACAAACAAGUUCGUAUUGUAAUGAGAAGAGACCAGGUAUUAAAACUCUGUGCCAAUCAUAGAAUAACACCAGACAUGAACAUGCAACAGAUGAAAGGAACAGAGAGAGCAUGGGUAUGGACUGCAUGUGAUUUUGCAGAUGGGGAAAGAAAGGUAGAGCUUCUGGCUGUGCGAUUUAAACUACAAGAUGUUGCAGAAUCAUUUAAGCAAAUUUUUGAUGAAGCAAAACAUGCCCAAGAAAAAGAUACUCUAAUCACACCUCUUUCUUCACGUGCCAGUACACCAAGAGAGUCUCCAUGUGGCAGAAUUGCGGUAGCUGUACUGGAGGAAACUACCAGAGAGAGAACUGAUCUGAGCCAGGAUGGUGAUACUUCUGAUGUGACUGUAGAGGUUUCAGAGGUGUCAAGCAGUUCUGAAACACCAGCAAAAACGGUGGUUUCUCCUCCAAAGUUCGUGUUUGGUUCAGAAUCAGUCAAGAGCAUUUUUAGUAGUGAAAAAUCAAAGCCAUUCACAUUUGGAAAUACUUCAGCUACAGGAUCUCUGUUUGGUUUCAGCUUUAACUCUCCUUCAAAAAGCAAAAAUGAAGAGGAUAGUUCAGUGUCUCAAAACAUAAAGCAUAGAGAGCAAGAGAUCACUGUAACCGAGCCUCAGGAAAGUUACAUUGCCAAUCAGAAGCCUACAGACAGCAAGGGAGAAAAUUAUUUGGUUACGUCAACAGCAGAAUCUUCUAAGUACACAUUUAAAACGCUAGAAAAAGUUGGGAGGAAGAAAGAAGCUGAUGCAGAACUUCCCUCUGAUGAGGUACUCAUUGUCUUUGAGCUAACACCUACCCCUGGACAAAGAGCUCUUGCUGAUUCUCUCAAACUGCCUUCAACAUUCUUCUGUUACAAGAAUAAGCCUGGCUACUUAAGUGAAGAGGACGAUGAUGAAGACUAUGAAAUGGCUGUUAAGAAACUUAAUGGAAAGUUAUAUCCUGAUGAUCCCAAAGAGCAUAAAACAUCAGAAGGUCCCAUGCAAGGAAUCAUGGAAGAAAAUGAACCAGAGAAUGAGAGGGAGUGUGUUAUUGUCUGGGAAAAGAAACCAACUCCUGAAGAGAAGGCUAAAGCAGAAACUCUAAAGCUUCCUUCUACAUUUUUCUGUGGUGUUGGCAGUGAUACUGAUGAGGAAAAUGACAACUUGGAAGACUUUCAGACAGAAAUUAAAAAAGUUCAAGAAGCCAAAGAGUCUGUGGAAAAUGAAGUUACAAGUUCAACUGAUGUAGUCCGUACUGAUGAGACUGAAUUGUCUGUUCCAUCAACCAGUAAAUGUGAAGAACCAGAUUCAACUACAGAAUCCCUGCACACAUCCCAGACUUUGUCAGGAACUGAUGAAAAACCUGUUGAUUUGUCAACUAAAAAAGAAAAUGAUCCAAAUUUAACAGAUUGCGCAAACCAAGGAAGCAAAACAAUCGCAUUUGGAUUUGGCACUACUUCUGGCCUGUCAUUUGCAGAUCUAGCUUCAAAUUCUGGGGAUUUUGCUUUUGGUUCUAAAGAUAAAAACUUCAAAUGGGCAGAUACUGGAGCAACUGUAUUUGGAGUACAGACAGCCAGUAAAGGAGAUGAAGAUGAUGGUAGUGAUGAAGAAGUUGUACAUAGUGAUGAUAUUCACUUUGAACCUAUAGUGUCCUUACCAGAGGUGGAGGUUAAAUCUGGAGAAGAGGAUGAAGAAAUUCUCUUCAAAGAAAGGGCAAAACUCUAUCGAUGGGACAGAGAAGUCAAUCAGUGGAAGGAGCGUGGAGUUGGAGAGAUGAAGAUUCUCUUCCAUACACAGAAGAAAUAUUACAGAAUUUUAAUGAGAAGGGACCAAGUUCUCAAAGUGUGUGCAAAUCAUGUAAUCACAAAAACAAUGAAUUUAAAGCCCUUGAAUACCUCGAACAAUGCUUUAGUGUGGACAGCCACAGAUUAUGCUGAUGGAGAUGCAAAAGUAGAACAGCUUGCAGUUCGCUUUAAAAGCCAAGAAAUGGCUGAUUCCUUCAAGAGGAGAUUUGAAGAAUGCCAACAACAUUUGUCAGAACUUCAGAGGGCACAUGUAUCCCUGGCAGCAGAACUGUCAAAGAAAACCAAUCCUGUAGUGUAUUUUGAGGUUUCUGCUGAUGAUGAACCUUUAGGACACAUAACCAUGGAACUAUUUUCAAAUAUUGUUCCUCGAACAGCUGAAAAUUUCAGGGCCCUGUGCACAGGGGAGAAAGGAUUUGGAUUCAAGAAUUCCACAUUUCACAGAAUAGUUCCUGACUUUGUUUGUCAGGGAGGAGAUAUCACUAGGCAGGAUGGAACAGGUGGACAGUCCAUUUAUGGAGAUGUAUUUGAAGAUGAGAACUUUGAAGUGAAACAUACUGGUCCUGGAUUACUGUCGAUGGCAAAUCGUGGCCGAGACACCAAUACUUCUCAGUUUUUUAUCACUCUUAAAAAAGCAGAACACCUGGACUUCAAACAUGUGGUAUUUGGGUUUGUGACGGAUGGCAUGGAUGUUGUAAAAAAAAUUGAAUCUUUUGGUUCUCCCCAAGGGUUGGUGAGCAGAAGCAUUGUCAUCACAGACUGUGGGCAAAUAUAACAUCACAAUAGUGAUUUUACAGAUAUGUGCACUAACAGUAUAAAUCAAAGGUGAGAUGUUGUAGACUAAUUAUGUUCAGCUUUUUUUAAAUUGACAUUUCUGAUGUAUAAAUGUAAAAUUACAACUUAUAGAGUACUUUUUUAUGUGUUAAUUGACUUUGCAUGUUGUGAAAUAAAAGUUCAAACACUGGCAUAUGUUAUCCCGAUAUUUGUUUUAAAAUAUGAAAAAUUUAAAAUUAAAUCCUAGUCUUGUUAAAGCAAUUGUCUUUUCUUCAC